CGCUGCAGCCCCUUCCUUGAGUGUGCCGCUCUCCAGCCCGCUUGAACGGCUGCAGGGUAUUGACAGCGGGCCCGGUGUGUCCCCUUCCCAGCCCCUUCAGUCACCACCGCCCUUCAGAAUGGCCAACAGGGGACCUGCCUAUGGCCUGAGCCGGGAGGUGCAGCAGAAGAUUGAGAAACAGUACGAUGUAGAUCUGGAGCAGGUCCUGAUCCAGUGGAUCACCACCCAGUGCCGAAAGGAUGUGGGCCGGCCCCAGCCCGGGCGUGAGAACUUCCAGAACUGGCUCAAGGACGGCACGGUGCUGUGUGAGCUCAUUAAUUCCCUGUACCCUGAGGGGCAGGCCCCGGUAAAGAAGAUCCAGGCAUCCACCAUGGCCUUCAAGCAGAUGGAGCAGAUCUCCCAGUUCCUGCAAGCAGCUGAGCGCUACGGCAUUAACACCACUGACAUCUUCCAAACUGUGGACCUCUGGGAAGGAAAGAAUAUGGCCUGUGUGCAGCGGACGUUGAUGAACCUGGGUGGGCUGGCGGUAGCCCGGGGUGACGGGCUCUUCUCUGGGGAUCCCAAUUGGUUCCCUAAGAAAUCCAAGGAGAACCCUCGGAACUUUUCGGAUGACCAGCUGCAAGAGGGCAAGAACGUGAUUGGGCUACAGAUGGGCACCAACCGCGGGGCAUCUCAGGCAGGCAUGACUGGCUACGGAAUGCCCCGCCAGAUCCUCUGAUCCCAGCCCAGCCCCUGCCCUCCCCUGAAUGGUUAAUAUAUAUGUAUGUAUAUAUUUUAGCAGUGACAUUCCCUGGGAACCCCCAGAGCUCUCCAACUCCCCUCUGCCAGGGUGGAGACGCAGUCUGACCUGUCACCUCUGGGGUGUCUGUUCGCGGUCUCUCCCCCUGUGCUUACUAAUACAUUCCCUUCCCCACACCCAUCACAACUGGACCAACUGGCCUCUUCUUUUCCCCUGGGACCAACAUUUGGGGGGGCCUCAGCUCCCCUGCCAUACCUCUCCUCUUUCCCAUGCCUCUCCUCCCGUCCUCCAUUCAUUCCGGGUCUGGCAGUCAGGGAGGCUGCCUCUGGCCUUCUGGUGCUGGCCAGCCCUCCUUCUACAAGCAUGCCUUUCCCCUAGCUGUGGCUGCAGGACUUAAUUUAUAGGGAGGGGCCUGCGGCAGCUGCCACCCCCACUGCAGCUGGACUGUGCUCACCACACAUCUGGGCAGCCUUCUCUGGAAGAGGCCCUCAUGGCUUCAUGUUUUCCAUUCCCCUUGCUGUGGCUGAGGGGAGAGAGGAGGGGGGGCUGCCCACUCUGGCCUAGGGCUCAAAUAUGAGUUUGCUGAUUUAAAUAAAGAAUCCCUGUCUUUUUUGGAUGGA